AUGAAAACUACUAGGGACAGAGACCAUGACAAAGUUCAUGACCUCCUCACUGUUCUCAUGUAUGACCUCCUUACUGUUCUCAUGUAUGACAUCCUUACUGUUCUCAUGUAUGACAUCCUUACUGUUCUCAUGUAUGACAUCCUUACUGUUCUCAUGUAUGACCUCCUCACUGUUCUCAUGUAUGACAUCCUUACUGUUCUCAUGUAUGACCUCCUUACUGUUCUCAUGUAUGACCUCCUCACUGUUCUCAUGAACUAUUUCAUUAUUGCAUGA